AUGCCAACGAAAGCCACCCCAAGGUGGACCAAGGCUGUCUGUGUGCAGAGGAACUGGGGAGGGGGCUGGGUGCGGGCUGCGCUGCGGUAUGUGAGCCCGGGCAGAGUCCCAGACUGUGCGGUGAUGGGCGGAGAGACAUGCAGUCCUGAGAACGCAGUGGACUUCAUUGGAAGAUGCUAUUUCACCAAAAUUUGCAAAUGUAAACUGAAGGACAUCGCAUGUUUAAGAUGUGGGAACAUUGUGGGUUAUCAUGUGACUCUUCCAUGUAGUUACUGCCUUCUUUCCUGCAACAAUGGACACUUCUGGAUGUUUCACAGCCAGGCAGUUUAUGGCAUUAACAGACUAGACUCCACUGGUGUAAACAUCCUACUUUGGGGCAACUUGCCAGAAAUAGAAGAAAGUACAGAUGAAGAUGUGUUAGAUAUCUCAGCAGAGGAGUGUAUUCGAUAA